UGGAGGUGUAUGCUGCUCCACGGUGUCGUUUCCCCACCGUUACCAUGAGCUGGAGUUUCCUGACUCGCCUGCUGGAAGAAAUCCACAACCACUCCACGUUCGUGGGCAAGAUCUGGCUGACCGUCCUCAUCGUGUUCCGCAUCGUGCUGACGGCCGUCGGCGGAGAGUCCAUCUACUACGACGAGCAAAGCAAGUUCGUCUGCAACAGCGGCCAGCCGGGCUGCGAGAACGUCUGCUACGACGCCUUCGCGCCGCUCUCGCACGUCCGCUUCUGGGUGUUCCAGAUCAUCCUGGUGGCCGCGCCGUCGCUCAUGUACCUGGGCUACGCCGUCAACAAAAUCGCCCGGGCUGAGGAGCAGGCCGACGGCGGCGGGUUUCCACGAAACCGAGCGAAGAAGCACUACCUGGCAGGCCGGAGGCAGCACCGGGCCGUCGAAGAGGCCGAGGAUGACAACGAGGAAGACCCCAUGAUUUACGACACGGCAGAGGUGGACAGCGACGGCGGGGCGGCGGCGAAGGGGAACGGCGGCGAUAAACAACAGAAAGCCAAGGCCCGCCAUGACGGACGCCAGCGGAUCAGAGAGGACGGACUGAUGCGCAUCUAUGCGUUCCAGCUGCUGGCGCGCACCCUGCUGGAGGUGGCCUUCCUCUGCGGGCAGUACGCGCUCUACGGGUUCGCCGUGCCCGCCAGGUACGUGUGCUCGGCCAAGCCCUGCCCCCACCAGGUGGACUGCUUCGUGUCGCGGCCCACCGAGAAGACCAUCUUCCUGCUCAUCAUGUACACGGUGUCGCUGCUCUGUCUGGCGCUCAACAUCUGGGAGAUGCUCCACCUGGGCGUCGGCACCAUCUGCGAGAUCCUGCGCUCCCGCCACGUGCGGCUCGCCGACGAGGAGCUGUACGGGCUGACCCGGGCGCAGGGCGCGCUCGGCGAGGCGCGGGUGAGCGCAGAGGAGUACGGCGGCUACCCGUUCCCGUGGAGCGCGCCGUCGGCCCCGCCGGGCUACAACAUCGCCAUCAAACCCCUGGUGGUGUCCACGGGGAGCCACGGCCAAGCGCUGCCCAUCACCGACCUCACCAACGCCAAGAUGGCGUGCCGGCAGAACCACGCCAACAGCGCCGAGGAGGAGCGGCAGCAGUACUCCAAUAACGAAGACAACCUGCGGCGGCCCGAGGCGGGCGAUCCCCCCGCGGCGGUCCACGGGGACGCCGGUCGGCCUCAGAGCAAGCCGGAGGCCGACGGCCAGAAUCACGGCCCCCCCCACGGCAACCCUCACCGCGAGCGCAAACACCGGCAGGCCUCCAGACACUCCGGAGACAGAGGCAGCAGCAGCAGCAGCAGCAAGUACGGAGUCAUCAAAGGCUCCGAGUGGAUUUGA